AUGGGUGCACAAAAAUCGAAAAAAAGCCUCAAAACAACAUCAAAAUCAACAUCAUUGUCAGAUAUUUCCCAACCACGACAACGUAUGUCACAAAAUUACCUUCUCAUCUGGGUAGAUGCCAACAUCGACCAAACAAAUAAGGACUGCCAAAACACAUUGGCGCAACUGAAGAAUGUGGUCAAUGACAUCAACCUAUGCACGCAACCGGCUCAUUGCGUCCAAGUACUCAACCAAUUUGAUCAUGAAAGAGCCUUUGUUAUAACAUCAGGCUCAUUAGGUCAACAUUUAGUUCCUGAAAUUCAUGGCAUGCCACAGCUCGACACCAUUUACAUCUUUUGUAGCAAUAAAUCCAGACAUGAGGCAUGUACACUAAACUGGACAAAAAUCAAAGGUGUACAUACAAAAAUUGAAGAAAUAUGUCAAGCAUUGAAAUUGGCUGUUAAGCAAUGCGAUCAGGACACAAUUGCCGUAAGCUUUCUUGCCGUAAAUGAAAUGGCUUCAACUGCGAAUUUAAAUCAGUUAGAGCCAACUUUUAUGUAUACCCAACUAUUCAAGGAAGUUCUCCUUGAUAUUGAAUAUGAUGAUAAGGCAAUCCAGAACUUAGCAGCUUGUUGCCGAGAAGAUUUUAGUGGCAAUACAAAUGAAUUACAGCUGAUUAAUGAAUUCGAACGUGAAUAUUGUCCACCAAAAGCAAUAUGGUGGUAUACACGUGAGUGUUUUGCCUACAAAAUGCUCAAUCAGGCACUUCGAAUUAUGGAUGCCGAUAUGAUCAUUAAAAUGGGCUUCUUUCUGCGUGAUGUACAUCAACAAAUUCAACAGCUGUAUGAACAACAGGUCAGCAGUUAUGAAAGAAAACCUUUGAUAGUUUAUCGAGGACAAGGUUUUAUGAAAUCCGACUUUGAAAAACUUCAAAAAACAAAAGGUGGACUUAUGUCAUUUAAUAAUUUCUUGUCCACUAGUAAAAAUGAAAACGUGUCCCUCAGUUUUGCUCGACGUGCUUCAGUAAAACCGGGUAUGGUGGGCAUUCUUUUUAUGAUGUCCAUUGAUCCUCGUGUUAAAUCAACACCAUUUGCCUCUAUCAAAGAGGUGAGUGCUAUUAAAAGCGAAGAAGAAAUUCUCUUCUCAAUGCACACCGUCUUUCGAGUAAAUGGAAUUAAACAAAUAGACAAUAAGAAUCAACUUUAUCAAGUUGAAUUACAAUUAACAGCGGAUGAUGAUCAACAAUUACGAGCACUUACUGAUCGGAUACGAGAAGAAGCUGGUGGUACUGGAUGGCAAAGAUUAGGUAACUUAUUACUUAAAAUUGGUCAAUUUAAUAAAGCUGAAAAGCUUUAUAAUGCAUUACUCGAACAGACAUCUGAUGAGAGUGAAACAGCGUACUAUUAUAAUCAGUUGGGAUUUAUUCAUUCGAAUCAAGGUAAUUAUGGAAAGGCUAUUCAGUAUUAUGAACAAGGACUUAAAAUAUAUGAAAAAACUCUUAUUUCAAAUCAUCCUUAUUUGGCUACUUCGUACAGUAACAUCGGUAGCGUAUAUAAUAAGAUGGAAGAGUACCCUCAAGCACUUUCAUCUCACGAAAAAGCACUUGAAAUCAAUCAGAAGACUCUUCCUUCAGAUCAUCCUUUAUUAGCUACUUCAUACAAUAACAUCGGUUUGGUGUAUAGCAACAUGGAGAAAUACUUUGAAGCACUUUCAUCACACGAAAAAGCACUUGAAAUUCGAGAAAAAACGCUUCCUUCAAAUCAUCCUGAUUUGGCUACUUCAUACAACAACAUCGGUAGCGUGUAUGACAACAUGGGGGAGUACUCGAAAGCACUUUCAUUUUACGAAAAAGCACUUGAAAUUUGUCAAAAAAGUCUUCCUUCUAAUCAUCCUGAUUUGGCUACUUCAUACAACAGUAUCGCUGGUGUACAUUAUAAGAUGAAAGAGUAUUCAAAAGCAUUAUCAUGUUUAGAACGUGCUCUGAACAUAUUACAAAGUGCAUUACCUCCAACUCAUCCUCAUAUACAAAUUGCAAAAGAGAGUAUUGAUAUUGUAAAAGAAGAAAUGAGAAAGAAUAUUUGA